UUUACGAAUUUGCGCCCAAAGAGGGCACGAGAAAUGGUUAGGCUCAUUAAUUCCAAUAUUGUGCUUAUUAAACAUAAUCUUAAGAAUAGAUUACAACAUGUCGAAACGACCUCGACGCGUUGCAUCCACAAAAAAGGUAGUAAUUGAAACCUCCGACUCAGAUGAGGAACUGAACCUUACGGAAGACGACGAUUAUAGGCCGCAGGAGACCAAGAGUCACAGGAUAGAUCGCGCUGCAAGCGUGCAGACAGUCGUGACCAAACGCCAGCGGCUUCCAACAUCUAAAAAAUCAGCUGCUGAGGGACCAGCUCGCAAGAAAAAGCGGGGCGACAAAGAAAAGGAGGACGAGAAUGCUUGUCCCAAUGAGAACAAUCCGGAAUCGGUAGUCCAGGACACACCUUCAACUACAAACCAACGUAAUGGAGCCGAAGGCACUGAACACAAUUCAGAAGCUCCGGCUCCCAAGAGAAAACGCGCCAGAAAAGAUAAAGAAGACUUAAAAGCGGCUGCCAAUGAGACUAAUCCUGAGAAGGAGGAGGUUGUGCCCGCAACAGCAAUGACACAACCAAACGAUGAUGUAGCCAGCUCCCCCCACAACAAGUCUUCCACUGGACGCAGUUCCUUCUGGGAGCGACGAAAGGUGUGGGACAUCCACGAGCUCCUGGCCGAAACUGAGAACAUACAACCGCAGGCAGCCCGAAAUAUUGUAAAGCUCUUCAUGGAUGAAAACACCAUACCUUUUAUUUGCAGGUACCGUCGAGAUCUGGUGGAUCACAUCGCUCCAGAUCGCCUUAGAGAUAUUCGGAAUACGUAUACAGAGAUCGUCGAUCUGCGGAAAAGGGCUGAGAAUAUUAUCGGUAAAUUGCAGCGCGAAAACAUCAUGAAUGCGGAAAUUAGAGAGGAGCUAAUGUGCGCCAAGACCAACGAGGAACUGGAGUUCCUUUAUGCCCCCUAUAAACCGGCCAGUAAGGGCACUUUGGCUGAACGCGCCAAAGCUUUAGGCUUGGAGGUGUACGCCGAUUGUUUGCUGUACGGCUCAGCACCUAAGGUCAACCUUUCUGAAAUUGUGGACCGCCGAAACGAGGCUUUGGCUACGGAGGCAAUUGUGAUGACUGGAAUCUGUCAAAUUAUUAUUCACAACAUCAGCAAAAACACAAAUGUUUUGGAGGAAAUACGCAGACUGCAAAACGUGCACCGGGUAUUCCUCAAGUGCAGCAAGACCAAGGAGGCGAAAUCGUCUGCAUCUAGUUCUUCUUCUAGUAAAGCAAGCUCCAGUAAAGGAUCCAACCGAAGUGCAGACAAGAAAUUGGACAGUUCAAAGUUUGAGAAUUAUUUCAACUUCCAGGGUGAUGUUAGAACUAUAAAACCUUAUCAAAUGUUAGCCAUCAAUCGCGGGGAGAAGCACAAAUUGCUUUCUGUCAAGUUAGAAACGAACGAUUACCUUAAAAGAGAUCUUAUGCGCUAUAUAACCGAUCAGUACAUGAACCAAGGCUUGCAAUAUCCUUUAAGAAGGGAGGUGUUCACAAAAUCCUUAGAGGAGUGCUACGCAAAGAAGUUGCAGCCUUUGAUGUGCAGGCAGAUUCGAGCCGAUCUAAAAGAAAAAGCCACAAAGGCAGCUAUUGAUGUGUUUGCAAAGAACCUGAAGCAACUACUGUUGAUGUCUCCCUUGAAAGGCGAACGCAUUUUGGGCAUAGAUCCCGGUUUUACAAAUGGGUGCAAGCUGGCGCUUAUAUCCGAGACUGCUGAUGUGCUGGACACGGGUGUUAUUUACCCUCAUGGUGCCAUGUCAAACAAGCGGGCUGCUGAACAGAAAUUGGUUCAGCUUCUUUCAGAUCACAACUGUAAAAUUAUUGCCCUCGGCAAUGGUACUGCCUGUCGCGAAACUGAGCACUGGCUAACUGGUAUGUUUCACGCCGGCGUUCUGGACAGCAGGAUCAUUCGCUACAGCAUCGUUAACGAGAAUGGAGCAUCUAUUUACUCCUGCAGCGAUGUGGCCGCCAAGGAGUUUCCCAAAAUGGAUACAAACGAAAGGAGUGCAGUGUCCAUAGCGCGUCGUUUGAACGAUCCGUUGAGUGAAUAUGUUAAGAUAGAGCCCCGUCACCUGGGAGUUGGUAUGUACCAGCACGAUGUUUCUGAGAAGAUUUUGACCGCAUCGUUGAAUGACGUUGUGUCCGAGUGUGUCAGUUAUGUUGGCGUUGACAUCAACACAGCCAGUCUAAGUGUACUCAAGCACAUUGCUGGCCUGUCGGAAAAGAAAGCGGAGAAGAUCAUUGAACAUCGUACGCAGAAAGGACCAUUCAAGACACGGAAGGAUCUGCUCUCCGUGCGAAGCAUAGGUGAGAAGUCGUUUGUCCAGUGCGCCGGCUUUGUGCGCAUCGAACCCCUAAGCGUUGGAGGAAAACUAAAGAAUCCCUUAGAUUGCACUUGGGUGCAUCCUGAGAGCUACAACGUUGUGGAAAGUAUCGUCGGAGAAUGUGACUUAAAGCUGACGGAUGUGGGCAAGGCUAGCUUUAUAGCUAGCAUCAAGCAGUUUGCCUCGUCUCAGCCGAAUCUCGAUCGCAUUGCCAAGCAGCACAAGCUGCCCAUGGAGCGGUUGGAGUUCCUGCUGGUUGCCCUGCAGCGCGAAUUGCUUCAGGAUUAUCGAGCUGAUCUUGACAAGAGGCCACUCUUCAAACAAGGUUUAACUAGGCUGGAUGAUCUCUGCACGGGCGAGGUGGUCACUGGUGCCGUGACCAACGUAACCCAGUUUGGCGCCUUCGUGGACGUCGGAGUGGAGCGCGAUGGCCUCAUACACAACAGCAACAUGAAUAACUCGCAGUUGGGCGUUGGCGAUCGCAUUGUGGCAUCGGUGGUAAGGGUGAAUCUGCAGCGACGCCAGUUGGAAUUACGUUUGGAAAAUAUGCUGCUGGAGACUGAUACCUCGUUUAAGUUCAAGGCGGAGGAUUAGACAAACUGCAGGGAUUUAAUGCUUUC